AUGACUUCAGUACACACACACACAACUCUGUACGACGCUGAGGAUCCUGAACGAUUGUAUCUUUCUAUAACCCGUCACAGUCAUACGAAAUUUCAAACUCCGGUGCGCGGAAUGGCAACCGACGUGCAAUCGGUCGUUGGUCGACUAAUGACUGCGGACGCUUCGCAUCCACCUCCAAACUACGAUUUUUCCUUCACUCCGUACCUACGAAAGACAUUUGGAUUUGGGCUUGCCACAGACGUCCCUGUAUGCAAAGCCUUCAAAGAAGGACACUGCCCUCUUGGACCAACAUGUCCCGACCGACACCCGACGCCGUCGAGAGUAACAACCUCUACUACAAACGCCUCGGGCCUCGCGCCAUCAGUUACACACGGCUCUUUAGUUUGCAAGCACUUUCUCAAGGGACUCUGCAAAAAGGGCUUCAAAUGCGAAUACCUGCACGAAUACAACCUACGGCGUAUGCCAGAAUGCCAAUCCUUCUCGCGCUCCGGAUACUGUCCUAAUGGCGAGGACUGUCUGUACCACCACGUCCGGGAGAGUGCUCGAUUACCGCGCUGCGAACAUUAUGACCGCGGAUUCUGCCCUUUAGGGCCGAUCUGUGCCAAACAACAUAUUCGCCAGACUCUGUGCCCGUACUAUAUGGCUGGGUUUUGUCCCGAUGGGAAGUCUUGUGAGCAUGGCGCCCAUCCGCGGUGGCCGGAGAACCUGCCAAAGCCUCAGAUACGAGUUGAGAAGACAGAGGAAGAUCUCGAGAGAGAGCGUGCUUUAAUCAGGGAGGAACAGGAAAGAGAGGAAGAGCGGCAACGGGAGUGGAGGAGCGAACGCGGCCGCGGAGGGUUCAUGCGGUAUAGAGGACGCGGCAGGGGAAGAGGCAUGUAG